UUUAUGAAAUGAUUCAGAUGAAAACAUGGUGACUCCAGUCCGAGAUCCACGCCGGGCUGUGUGGACCUCCGCUCCGGUUGCGGGCUAAGCUAGGCUAGUUCAAAACUGCCCCCGCUAACGGUGAUCUGCUGCCGUUAUACUGACGUCACCGUGCCCGUGGAGCGUCGUCUCUCCCCGUAUACACACGCUUCCUCACGCACUUUUUAUUCGGUCCAAUCGACCACAUAUUCGGUCGAUUUCAGCCACAGACUCGUCCUGAAUCUUAAAGUAAGCUAAUAGAUAGCCUCGCAGCCAAAAUGGCGGACAACGAGGAUGACAGUGGUUCGAUAAGAAAAAAAAGUCCGCCUCACGCCGUCUUCUGCUCACAGUCCGCGGGCACACAGGGCACCCAGCCCCGGGAGCGUGUGUCAGCUUCACCGUCAGGGUCCGGAGCUCAGCUGGAACAUGUCUUACAGAGAUGCCCGGACGAACAGAGCGUCAUUGUGGGCACAGAGCUCGCCCUGGGCUCGGACCUGGUCAACACCACCAUCAUCUACGUGCAGCCGGACGGCAGUCUGGUGGACGGCUCUGGACUGACGAGCGAGCAGCAGCAGGCUCUGUUAGAGCAGCUCACCAAGCAAGAACUGGUCCAGGUCUCGGACCUCGAGGCCGCCCAGCUGCUCCAGCAAAGCCAGGCCAAAACAGUCCCGGUCCACAGUGCAGUCUUGGAACCGAGCCAGCUGCAGCAGGUCAUCAAUCAGGUGACCAAGUCCAAACAGCCACAGGUCCACAUCCAGGCCUCUAAGCAAAAGCAGAGCCAGGUCCCUCAGCAGAACCUGAUCCAGGUCCCUCAACUCAGUAUGAAGAACCAGAACAAUGCCUCCCAGCAGCUGAAAAGUGUCGCCCAGCAAGUGGCUAUGCAGACCAGUGGUAUGGUCCAGGUGGUCCAGAAGAAGUUAGAACCAGUUAGGAUCCAGAUUCAGGUUCCCCCCAAACAAGAAGUAAAGCCUGGUGCUGCCCUCCAGCAAAAUAAUGUACUUGUCCACCAGCCACAGGUGAAGCUGUCCACCAACGGCAGUGUGAGCAGCGCUCAGAUCAUUCACCUGCAGCCUGUGGUUGGCCAGCAGGGGCAGCAGUUCUUCUUUCAGCAGAGUCCGGGGGACCCUCACAUCCAACUGCUGCUCCAGAGCCCCGCUCCCGUCGUAGGAUCUCUUCUACCAGUGGUUCACAAGGUGACGGGCCAGACCACAAAAAUGGCCACUGCCUCUGGGCCGAGUCCCAAACCUGCUGUGUCCCUCUCCGCUGUCAAGACCCCACCCCCUCCCACAACUGUCAGCAUUCCGAUAAUUAAAAGUCCUGCAAAUGACCCGACAGCUGCCGGGAAGAGUCCACUUAAGUCCCCAAACAUCAACACACCAGCACCCAGACAGAUGACCACGCCUCCUCCCGCUGCACCGGCUGUGAAGGACAAAGAAAGAGACGACAAAAAAAAGGUGAAGACGAGGCAGAAGAAGGUGUUGAAGGUCCAGACCAGAUCUGGGCGGGUCUCCAGACCACCAAAGUACAAAGCCAAAGAUUACAUGUUUAUAAAGACCGAGGACCUGGCUGACAGCCAUCAGUCAGACUCUGACGAUUACUCCGACAUGAGUGUGGAGGAGGAAGGGGAGGGCGGGAGGAAGGACGGCCAUGUCCCUGGCACCUCCCCCUCCCUCACCUACAGUCACAAGUCCCGGUCCCACCGCUGCCAGACCUGUGAUAAGGCCUACAUCGGUCCUGGGGGCCUGAAUCGGCACUACAAGCUGAACCCGAGUCAUGGAGACCCGGAGACCCCCGACAACCAGCCUAGCAACGCACUUGGAGACAUCAGCCAAUCACAGGAGACUAUAGCCACAGAGGGGAGGGACAAGACGGCUGCUGCCAUGGCGACAAACAGGGUGGACAUUGGUCCAGCCUCAGCCUUCGGACUCAAGAGCUGUCAUCACCGAGGUCCCGGUCGGCCUCGGGGGCGGGGGCGGGGCCGCGGUCGGCUGUUGGCACCGUCUCCUAAGCUUCCUCACAUGACUGUGGGCCUGGUCAGUAGGCGGGGCCGACGCGGUCGUCCUCCAAAGCUCAGUGUGACAUCAGAGCAGCAGACACAGAAGAGACGAGACAGACUGCACGAGCUGGUGGAGCAGUGUGAGGAUGAGGAGCUGAUGGACAUUGUUCUUCCUCGUCUAACUCAAGUGUUGAGUCUGUGGGAGCUGCUGCUGGCAAAGGUGGAGCGUGGUGGUUCAGCUCGGACCCGUUUCCCAGACGUUUACCGUGAGUAUGAGUCCUUGCAGGUUCAUGUGAAAGAGGCCGCUCAGGAUUACAUCAUCAACCCACAGGCUGGAGCCACGCCUCUCGAGGUCACAAAUAUCGAGGUGGCCAGGUCUCUGGGGAUCCUGGACGAGGUUAACCGUAUGAAGGUGGUUCCUGGAGCAGCUCCACCCUCGAGUUUGACCAAUAAGAACGUCCGAUACAUGGAGAAUUCCAAGAUGCUUCCGCCGUCAAAGAGAUUCAAGAUGGAGAACAGUAUUCAGGUUCAGCAGAACGGGAUUGAGAAGUACACAACAGGUGGGACGACAGAGACCUCCGCGACCUCCGCGACCUCUGUGACCUCCUCUCUGAAGACCUGCUCGGUCUCCGUGUCUCCUCUGAUGAUUCCAGAUGGAUCCAAACUGACCUUGGCCACUGACUCCGCCUCCAGCUCCUGUGGCUCCACCUUGGUUGAGGCGCUGCCCCCUGAAACAACAGGAGUGAGUUCAGGAGAGGACCAAGGGGAGGGGCCUCUGUUGGCAGACCAAGUCCAGUCCCAGCAUCAGGUCCUGAAGACCCCUGACAUCAAAGCACAGAUGAAGGAGCUGGAGGAAGUUCAGGGUAGAGGUCCUGGGUCUGGGUGUGUCCACACACCUGGUUCUACCCACACACCCGAGUCCAGUGAAUCCGGCAGAGUCCAGAACCUUCAAGACUCUGAGUCCCGCUCCACAGAUGCAAGUGAGUCCAAAGAGCUGCAAGAGGGACAGGAGAUCUACAUCCAGACAGAGGGAUUGACAGUCCAACUGGCAGAACCUGGAUCUGACCGUAUUGUCAUUGUCAAUGGUCCAGAUGGAACCACGAUGCACAUCCAGACUCCAGAGGGAAUUCCCCUUGAGGCAGUCCAGGCCCUGCUCGGAAUAGAAUCUUCAGACGGAACCAGAGCUUCUCAAUAAACUGCGAGGUGGAUCUACAUGGAUCUGGACUGAACAGAAUCCAGACAGGUCUUGACUUUGAAGUGCAGAGGGAGCCUGGUAGGAGCAGACCCAAUACAGCCGUGGUCCAGACCCAUGGUCCUUUGCUGCACCCCACCCCACACACACAUCAUCGUCAUAAUAAUAAUAACAAUAAAGGUGUGGUGACCCAUGACCCUUUGACCCCUGUGGGCUGCUGACAUGUGAUUGGUUGUUCAGUUCUGACCUUUGAUUUUUUUUUUUUAAAAGAAUCUGUAAAUUUGUAAACUUUAGUUUGUUCAUAUGUAGAUAAGCAUGAAAACAAAGUUUAAAACUAUUUUAUUACUUUUUAUAAAUGUUAUUGAUCAUCACAUUUCAUGUUCCUCCAAUAAACGGAUGUGAAACUCGU